UGCGCCUCCAGAGAACAGCCUAUCUACAGCACGCGGGCCCAUGUCUUUCAGAUCGACCCAAACACCAAGAAGAACUGGAUCCCCACCUGCAAGCACGCCGUCACUGUCUCCUACUUCUAUGACAGCACACGCAAUGUCUACCGCAUCAUCAGCCUAGAUGGAUCUAAGGCCCUUAUAAACAGCACCAUCAGCCCCAAUAUGACCUUCACUAAGACUUCUCAUAAGUUUGGCCAGUGGGCCGACAGCCGUGCCAACACCGUCUACGGCCUGGGCUUCUCCUCUGAAGGACAGCUGCUUAAGUUUGCAGAGAAGUUUGCAGAGUUUAAGGAGGCGGCCCGGCUGGCGAAGGAGAGGUCCCAAGAGAAGUCGGAGCAGCCCACCACCCCCUCACCGGAAGCGGCACCGGUCGACUUCCAGUCCCCACUGACGCCAGACAAUGUAAACGGCACUCAGGAUGGACGACUGACACCUCAUGCCCCCCAGAGCACGGACGCACAGCAGCUAGACACCAGCAUAGAGGGCUUCCCUCACAGCAUCUGCACAGUGCCGCAGCACUGGGAGGCGGAGAGGGCCGCUCUGAAGGGCAACAAUGCCAAGCUCACCGCGGCCCUGCUGGAGUCCACCGCCAACGUCAAACAGUGGAAGCAGCAACUGGCCGCCUACCAGGAGGAGGCAGAGAGACUGCACAAGAGGGUGACAGAGCUGGAGUGUGCGAGCAGCCAAUCCACUGGGAUCACCAUCCAGAGAACAGAGCUGAACUGGACCAUAGAGGAGCUGGAAGCAGUGCUCAAGUCCAAGGAAGAGGAACUACAGCAAAUGAGAGAUAAAAUACAAAGUUCCACUCACCUGCAGACCCAAAGGGAUACCGUUUCUGAGAAACUUCAGGAAACGGAGUUUCGUAACCAGGAGCUGGAGGACCAGGUGCGUAAGCUCCAGCAGCGUCUGGAGAGCGACCAGCUGCAGCAGGAUGCCUUCCGGAAGAGCCUGCACUCCCUGCUGCAGGAGCUCAACAGCAAACUCCACGAGCUCACCGAGCUGCGAGACAGCCUGGCCAGGCUCAUCGAGGUCAGACUAUGAUGACUGUACUUUCAGGUGCUCUCCACUGGAAUCCACCGGCAGCUCCUAGAGAUGGUGUACUGUAGAGAGGAGCAGCUUUUUAAAUAGUUUUAUUUAUUUAUUAUUUCUCCACAGAACAUCAUUGGCAUUUUUUGACAGAUGGUGCAGAACAGUGGAGAGUAAAAGUGUGUGGGAGAGAGAGAUGGAGACGGGGUAGGAUUGGGAAAUAGGCCGGUUAACACUCAAAUCCGGGUUUUCCUUGUUUUUUUCCUUGUUCUUGGUCCAAACACUGAACACCAGGUGCAGCAAAGCAACUCCUGUUGAUGAACAUCUGUAGGGAUAGGUCAUUUAUGCGAUGUGUGCAUACACUUUUCAAGACUUUCAAAGGAGCUACAUCUCUGAAGAGAAAUUGGUAAAAAAAAAGUUGUUUACUUCUUGGUUCAUAGAGAAAAAAUGUCUAACAAUUAUUUAACUCAAUUAUUUAAGCUGGAAAUUCUAAUGAUCGUGGUUCUAUCACAUUUCGCCUGUAUGUAUCCCCUCAGUGGUGCUCUGUCUUCUCUUAGCUAGUCUGCAUACAUUAAGGAGGACUCCUCCUAAUGAAGUCAAAUGGGUCCUACUCAUGUCAGUUCUCUUGUUCCUAAAUCCUGAAAUAUUGUUUUGGCUUUCUUUUUCCCCACAGCACAUUUGGCUGUGAAAAUUGGCAUUGUUCCAUUUCUUAUACCAAUUGUACAUAAUUAUAGUAUGUUUACUGUAUAUACCUAUAAUCAUAGGUGCCUGCACCACGAGCCAUGUACCGCAAGUUACUUACUGAUUGGUUAAUGUUGCCUGUGGCCAGCGGAGUCACUAGAAAUUGCGCACCCCCACCCUUACCAUGUCAUAAUCCUCCAUUGGCUCCUACCCUUACCAUCACUCUUUUAUUGGCCUCUCUGAAUCUCUGUGUCCACCAAAUCUUAGGAGUACCGCUGCCGUCAUGCCAGUAGAACAAAUAAACCCCCAGAAGAGUCCUGGUGAGGUCACCUCAGCCCAGGCUGGCUAUGCCAAACCAACCCAGACUCACUGAUGCUCUUCCCCCUUUAACAGUAAAGCGGUGAUAUGGUAAACGUCCAAACGGGGAUACCUUGAUUGGGGCGCUAAUUGUAUUUUUCACAAUUUCAGCAAUAUAUGGUCCGGUAAGCAGCAUUUCCCCUCAGAUGUAGUUGUAGCUGUCAGUUGGGAAAUACCAGCCCAACUCUUCCAAGGGGGGCGGGGUGGGUGACUUCUGGCCAGUCAUGACUUAAGAAAUGGACAGCUUGAGACUUAAAAAUAAGCCUUUGGGUGUAGCGCACCAGUUACACAGCAGUGCAAAAUGCAAAAGGCAUUACUCUUGACCUUGGUCGGCGAUGCUCAUUGUUUUAGCAGCAGAAGUGUCCUGCCGUUUAGUUCGUACAUCGAGAGGAGACACUGGUAGCAGUCCAGUGAGGAGGACUGUGGGAAGGGAAUGCGUUGUUUUCAUCAGGUAUUCUACUUCCUAUAUUGUGUACUUUCAGGGCUACUGCGUCUGCCACCGGUAAAUAUAGGAUAUUGAUGGUCGUUUCUUUCUACAGUUUUUAAACAUCUGAAUAUUUUGGAUUGUAUGGUGCACUUGUCCGAAUUAAACUGGUACAAGGUGAUAUAAAUAAGUGAUGUUUUUUUUCUUAACUUUCUUUUCCAAGUCUCCUUGAGGUACUGUACUUGUAUUAUCAAUUUUUAUUGUUUUUUUUCUGGGUAUUUGUGGCCAUACAAAUGAUUGCAUACAGUAUAUCAUUUACUUAUAAUUAUAUAGUAUAUUUAUAUAUUUAUUAUUAUUCUCUUGGUGUCAUUAUGACAUUUUUCAGUGUUGGAUAUGCUUGUCUUUUCCAAAAUGUGUCAAAGUAUUUUUUUCUAUAUUUUUUUGAAAAGUGAUAUUGGAUCAAUGAUGAAUGAUACUGUUGGAUUAUAUUACCAAAAUAGCAUACAUAUAUACAAACUCUAAGGGCUUGUAGUUAAUUCUCUUAUGUUUUAUACAUAUUUGAUGGACAUGUUGUAAUAUGACUUUCACAUGACAUUUCAGUGAUCAGUUAUGUGCGUUUAAAAGGGAAAAUCAUGUUUGGGUCUCAGUGUUGACUGCACUGAUCACACCAAUGUACUUGAACACACAGUUGCAAUUAUGAGUUUGUAGGAAAUGUUAAUAAAUUCAGUUGAAAAACAAAAAUAAAGGUUUUGUAAUUGUGUCUAUAAAGCAAUGCUCUAUUAUUGAGAUCAGUUGCCCCCCUAUGUGUAUCUCAAUUAACACAUUUUUGAAUACUUAAGAUUUUCUUUUAGAUAAGAUUUCUUUUUCAGUACCAUUAAAGUUUAUAAAACAUUGGAUU